AUGGUUAAAACUGUACAGGCAUACUUUAUUCAUUCAGAUGUUGAAAUGUAUUAUGAAAAGCUUGAUUAUCCAUGUGUUCCAAAAACAUGGAAUAUUUCUGAUGAUUUAGGUCAAAUUGAGUACAUUUUUUCUGAUAAAACUGGUACAUUGACACAAAAUGUUAUGGAAUUUCGUAAGUGUACAAUCAAUGGUGUUGCAUAUGGAUUAGGUGAAACAGAUGCUAUGCGUGCAGAGAAAAAAUUAAUGUUGGAAGAAAUGUCAAAUUUAUUUGAAAAUAAAUACAUCUCUCAAAAUCUUACAUUCAUUGAUUCAGAAUUAUACCAAGAUUUAAAAGUUAUGGAUCAACAAUCAAAGGCUAUUCAGGAUUUCUUUUCUGUGUUAGCACUUUGCCACACUGUAUUGGUUGAACAUCCUAAUGAAAAUGAUCCCUAUACAAUUGAUUAUAAAGCUCAAUCACCAGAUGAGGCUGCUUUGGUUGGUUGUGCAAGAGACGUUGGGUUUGUGUUUCUUGAACGGUAUCAGGAUACUUUAGCGAUUGAAGUGAUGGGUCAACGUAAAGAAUUUACAUUGUUAAAUGUCUUGGAAUUUAAUAGUACUAGGAAAAGAAUGUCGGCUAUUCUACGUUUGCCUGAAGGAGGAAUAGUUCUAUUGUGUAAGGGUGCUGAUAGUGUAAUAUAUGAACGACUCAGAACACUUUGUAUAGCAUAUCGUACUAUAUCAGAAGAAGAGUAUAAUGUAUGGUCAGCAAAAUAUGCAGAAGCAGCAUCCAGCAUUAAUAAUAGAGAAGAAAAAAUAGAAGAAGUAUGUGAGAUGAUUGAACAUUCAUUGAUAUUAAUGGGAGGAACUGCGAUAGAAGAUCGACUUCAGGAAGGUGUUCCAGAAACUAUUGCCACAUUGGCACAAGCUGGUAUCAAGUUAUGGGUGUUGACAGGUGAUAAAGUGGAGACAGCCAUUAAUAUCGGUUUUUCAUGUAAUCUGUUACAAAAGGACAUGCUUCUAAUCAUUAUAAAUGCGUCAGACAAACAAAGCACUCUUUCCCAAAUAAAUGAGGCAAUUAAAAAAUUUUUUGAAUGUGAAGGUGAAAAGAAAAAUAAGCACGCACUGAUCAUAGAUGGUGAAACACUCAAAUAUGGAUUAGACAAUGAUGUAAAACCAUAUUUGUUGGAUCUUGGUAAAAGAUGCGAGAGUGUUGUUUGUUGUCGUGUGAGUCCAUUGCAAAAAGCACAGGUGGUUGCUAUGGUGAAAGAAGGAUUAAAUGUGAUGACAUUGUCAAUUGGAGAUGGAGCUAAUGACGUUAGCAUGAUACAAGAAGCAAAUGUUGGAGUUGGUAUUGCUGGUGAGGAAGGUCGACAAGCAGCAAUGUCAGCAGAUUUUGCUGUUGCACAAUUUAGAUAUUUGGAAAAACUUUUACUUGUUCACGGACGUUGGUCAUAUAUCAGAAUAUCAGAAAUGAUUUCUUGUUUUUUUUACAAGAAUAUUGUAUGGACAAUUGCAAUGUUUUGGUAUCAAAUCUGGGCUGGGUUUUCUGCACAAUAUCUUUAUGAUUAUACAUACAUUAUGCUUUAUAAUCUUAUAUUUACAGCAAUUCCUGUAAUGUAUUUGGGUGCAUUUGAUCAAGACGUUGAUUCAAAAACUUCUUUAAAAAAUCCACAACUUUAUAAACGAGGCAUUUUACAACAAGAUUUUACAAAAUCCAAGUUUUGGUUAUAUGUAACGGAUGCAGUCUAUCAAUCGCUCAUUUGUUUUUUUGUUCCAUACGGACUACUCCAAUUUGGACAAUCUCAUCGCACAGGGUUGACAAACAACAGUUUAGAUGAUUUAGGAACCGUGGUGGCAGGAUCAGUAGUGGUAACAACUAAUUUAUACGUUGGAAUUAACACUUUGAAUUGGUCAUGGAUCGGAUUUUUGGUUAUUGCUGGCAGCAUCUUAUCAUUUUAUUUAUGGGCAGAACUUUAUUCCAUAGUGUAUUCAAUAGGAUUCUUUAGAGUGGACAUGAUACUAUUUUCUGAUAUAGAUUUUUGGUUAACAAUUAUUUUUGUAACAAUGUUCAGCAUUAUGCCAAGAUAUGUUGUCAAGUAUCUCCAUAAAUCAUAUUGGCCAACUGAUACAGAUAUUAUCCGUGAACAGGUGUAUCAAGCGAAAAAACAUAAUAAGAUAAGAACACGAAUGAUUGUUGAUGAGGAAGAGGAUAGAUUGCCAAUUAAUACCAAACCAGGAGGGUAUGCUGCUUCAUCGAGUGCAAGUUAUAUGAGUAAUAAUACAUAUGAAGAUGCGUAUACGUCUGUAAGAUCAAUUGAACAACUCAUACAUAUGGAUUCUGGUAAAAGACAAUCAUUCACAGGGUUUGCAUUCUCAGUUGAGGAGAGUGGGUUUGAGAGUUUCAGGGAAUCAGUUUAUAAACCUAUACAAAAUAUUAGCAAUAAAUUACGUAGAUCUAGAACCAUAAGUACUACUACCGAUUCUUCAAUAAAAGAAAGUAAAUCCAUAACAACGGCAUCAUCAAAUAAUUUAUUACAUUCCACACAAACACUAAUAAAUCGUAGUAAAACUUUACCUAGUACUUUAUUCAGCAGAUUAUCAUCAUCUAGUAGUAUUAGUAGAUCUCCUUCACCAAAUAGUUUAAAUUUUAAUAAUGAGGAAGUUGAACUUUCAUAUUUUUAG